GCUGUGGUGACUGGGCAGAGAAGCAGUGUUGUUGCCAUCGUUGUUGCCGCCUUCGGCUAGCCUAUUGGAAGCGCUGUAGUGUUGGUGGCUGUGAUCGUGGCCGCUGUCAAGCUCUUGGUGGUCGGCGGGUUCGUCGCUGAUUCCUCGGCAGCGAGGAAAUACAGUGCUCUUCGCUCGCUCGCUGGCUGGCUCCCUAGCCCGCUCGCUCGAACUAGAAGACUAGGAUCACACACGGCCGUUCCGCAUUGUGCCCAGACUGAAGUCGUCGGUCGCUGAUGUUGCCAUCACAAGAGAGCACCGCGAGGGAGCCUUAGUAACAACAAACGGAGGACCGGAGUCUACGGAGACGACGACGACAACAACGGCACCGAUAGCCGUGGUCAGCAGUGUUAGCCGCUGCUGACCCGCAGCAUCCGGAUCGGUUGGAGCUUCGACGAGCCGCUAGAAGACAGAUCAGAUUGAAGCGGACUUGGUGGCCGGCCAAGCUUCGUGUUGAGAGUGUUCUCCUGACGUGUUCGAACAUCGUCGAAGCGAAGAAAAAGCAUAAACCGAAAAUCAAGAUGGACAUGGAGUCGGUGCAAACAUACGUUUUUGAGCGUGAUCCAAGAUUGAAAACAUGGAUUUCGGCGCAGCCUCUGUCACUCGUGAGCAUCGUUGGACUGUACCUUUAUGUCGUGUGUAAUUGGGGGCCGAGAUUCAUGAGAGACAGAAAACCGUUCUCUCUGACUGGCGUGACCCGCGCAUAUAACCUUUUCCAAAUCGUGGCAUCGAUGACGUUCGCAGUGAAAAUUGCUCAUCAUUUUUACUUUCGGAUGGGUCAACCGUUUUUAUGCACACCUCCAGACCGACGCGAGGACAGCCUCACGCUCGAGCUGCUUGACAUAACAUUUUAUUACUGGUGGCUUCGGGUGAUCGACUUCCUGGAUACCGUGUUCUUCAUCUUACGCAAAAAACAACGUCAAAUUACGUUCCUCCACAUUUUUCAUCACGUAAUUGUUGUAUGUGUUUCGUGGGCAUCAGCAAUAUACGGCUUGACAAAUUUAGUCAUCUUUACGCUGUGUUUAAAUUCCUGUGUACACGCUAUCAUGUACUCAUACUACUUUUUGUCAACGCUCGGACCAGCAGUGCAGAAGCAUCUUUGGUGGAAAAAACAUUUGACCAAGGUGCAGAUUUUCCAGUUUGUGUUGAUGAUCGCUCACCUCUCGGUCCCAAUGUUCCGGAAUUGCGGUUACCCAUCGUCAAUUAUCUACACUUGGCAGGCGUCUAUCGGGGCGAUCCUUAUACUUUUUCUAAACUUUUAUAUCCGAAGUUACAAAAAUGUUGUUAAACGAAACGCCGCUGGUGCCUCUGUUAAGGAAAAUUGAUCGACCUUACCUACCGACUUGUCAGAGAAACAAUUACUCGAAACCCCCCGCUUCAUUGUAUAUAGUUUCUAUGCGUUUACACAUCGGCGGAUCGGCUCCGAUAUACUGUUCGUUUCCACGAGCAGUCUGAUUAAGAAGAUAACCAAAAGAGGAACAUAGGAAUACGACGCCUUCGUGUCUCCUCGGAUAAGGCAGCGAAAACGAAACGAACCCAUUGAGUGGAUAAAUGUGGCGAGGAUGAAAAAUGCAUAAGAAACGAUGAGGACGAUAUAGCUGAAAAUCCAAAACGAAAUACGAACUUGCUAUCACCGACUUGGAUGGAACGCCCUGAAUAAUGUUUUUCUACUCAUGAAUCGACCAUGGAAACAUAGCAGCAUUCCACAGAUAUCGCAAGCAGCGAGGUAUGUCAUACUAUGCUCUAUUCAGGAAUUCUCGCGGGAAGCAUCGAAAGAAUGUUCGAAUAAAAACGCCAAUGUAUCUGACGUCUGUACAGAGGAAUCAAUUAUCAAA